AUAAUAUUUGUGAGUGGAGGUUGCGUGAGGUUUCCCUAAUCUUUGGGUAAUUGGCAAACCCUCGCAAUUACAAGUUAUUCAUUCAUGGCGGCCUCUUCUUCUCUCUCUUCCUCUUCCUCCUCCGACGACUCCCACCGCCGUAGGCGUCACCACCGCUCUCGCCGAGACCGCGACAAAGAAUCCCUCAAGAUCCAAAAGAAGACCAAGUCUCAUUCCAAACGACGCCGUAGGCACCACCACUCCUCCGACUCCGAUUCCUAUUCUUCCGAUUCCGUCUCUGAUUACUCCAGGAGUGAGAGUUCUGAUUGUGAGCAUGAAUCGUCUCACCGUUCAAAGAGGCACAAAAAGAGUGACAAACCAAAAAAGAGUAAGGAAAAGGAUCGAAGUAAAAGCCACCACCAUAAGCGGCAGAAGCAUAAAGUAAAAGAGAAGAAGAAUGAUGAGAGGAGCAGCAGCCCUGUGCAGCUUUCCAAGUUUUUAGGGCGUGACAAAGAUGAUGGAGUUCGUCGUAGUGCUGUAUCUGGCAAGAAGAUUCUUCUGAAACUUGAUAAAUCAAAGGAAGAUAAGGCGGCUGAAAGCAGGAGAAAUGAACUGCUGAACUUCUUGAAUGCUAGUUUUGAUUAGCGUUUGAGGGGGAAGGUAUGGAUUUGUUUGGGGAUACAAGGUAGUCAACGAAGAACCAACCAAGCUUACCUGGGUGCCUAAAAUAUCUUGCCAUUUUGAGAACCAACUAGCCUACCAUCUAGGAUGGGAGUGAAAAAUGAGUGAAUGGUGAAAGGGUGGAGUUCAUUUAAAUUAUAAUUGAAUGAAAUUUUGUUCAACAUGUAUGGUUCCGGAUCAAUGGAUCGACAUUUGUAUUCUUUUUCUGUUC